AUGGCAAAUCCUCCGGGAUGUGACGAAAUUCGGCCUCGUCGGGGGUCGACCAAAGGCAGGGUGAAACCGCCCAAACAACCCAAAGCAGCGAAGAAGGAGCUUCUCCUCGACACUGUCGGUCCAUUUCUAAUGCAACAGCUGGAUGAACAUCCUAAACCAGACCACCCCCAUCUCUAUUCUCUGCCGUGGUUUUCCCAGCCCAACGGACAACUAUUUCCUCAUCAUACUCCUCACCAUGUCCGACUCAGCCGCAGCAACAGCAGCGAUCGUAGCAGCAGCAACAGCAGUCACACCCUGGUGGACGCCAGCUCCUUGUCGGACACCCCGUCUGACCGUCACUCGGGACGGUCGAGCUCCCCGGCGUUGAGGGAGCCGCGAACAUUCUCUUUUCUCAAGCGCCGGCGACGACCCGUCACCAUGGACGAGAACCCAGACACACAACGACAGAUCGUCGAGUCGCUGGCGGCCCGCUACGGCAGUGUCUCACACAUGGGCAUGCUCGACCGUAGCUACCGGUUCUUCGUGAACAAGGACCAGACGGGCGCGCUCUGCUAUAAGGUACUGAAUCAUGUGGCCAUCGUCAGCGGCGAUCCGCUCUGUGAACCGGACCAAUUUGACGCCAUCCUCGACGAGUUCGCCCGCUACCGCAAACGUCACUCCUGGGAGCUGGCGUUCAUGGGCGCCAGCGAAGUCUUCGCCAAAUACGCACGGAAACAGCGGUGGAACACGAUGCAAUUCGGCGUGGAACGGGUAUUGAAUCCACGCACCAACGACGUCCUCCUCGAGCGCAGCAGCAAGCGAGUCCUCGUCCAGAACCGCCAACUGCUGCACCCGGAUAAGGGGGGAAUAACCCUCGGAGUCUACGUACCAGCCUACAGCGAAGACCUUGCGUUUCAAUCCGAGUUGAUGGCCAUCUACGACGCAUGGCGCGAACAACGCAACCAAAGCGCGACGUCGACCUCUCAAGCUUUCAUCACUGUCUACAACCCGUUUGACUUCCCGAACCUCAUGACCUUCCUAUACACGCGGGGACCUGACGGAACCAUUAACGGAUUUGCAGCUUUGCGGCGCGUCGGUGCCAACAACGGCUACCAUAUCGAUCCGUGUAUCGCGGCACCGGGAGCCCCCAAGGGGAUCACGGAUCUACUGACCUACGCGGCGAUGGCGCUGCUGCAUCGGGCAGAUGUAUCGCAUUUGAGUCUGGGGUACGAGCCGUUAACCGAGCUGGGAGAGAUCAGCGGCAUGUCACUGACAUUGGAGCGAAUCACACGGUCAAUGUACCAUCACACGUACCAGCGAUUACCAAUCCGAGGCAAGAAAGCGUAUCAUGAUAAAUUCCGACCCGACGCAAGUCAGGAGUCUGGGUUAUACGUCGUGUUCCCGGCGGGGGCACCGGGCAUUCGUCAGAUGUUGGCGAUUGCACAUAUGGCGAAUAUUAGUAUUCGGAAACUCAUGCGGACUAAGAUCGAAUCCAAUCCGACGAAGGGUAGUAAGAAGGAGGAAUCACGAUAG